CUCACCGCGCACAGGCGACGACUGAACCUCUACUGCACUGCCGCCGGCGUCGUCGUCGUCAUGGCCGCGCCGCCGCAUGACGUGCACGGCGUCCACUCAUUCGCGCAGCUGCCGCUCAUCCGCGCGCCGGCGGCCCCGCCAUCGAGCGGGGACUCCACCAUCCGCCUCUUCGGCCGGGACUUCUCCAACGACCAGCAGCAGGCGGCGCCGCUGCUGCUGCACAAGCAGGAAGACGACGUGGCCGGCGAGGAUGGGGUCGUCGUCGCAGGCGAGGGCGGCGACGCGGCGGCGGCGGCCGGGGAGAGGAAGUUCGAGUGCCACUACUGCUGCCGCAACUUCCCGACGUCGCAGGCGCUGGGCGGGCACCAGAAUGCGCACAAGCGGGAGCGGCAGCACGCACGGAGGGCGCACCUCGAGGCCUUCCCGGCGGCUAGCUGGGGCAGCUGCCCCACCGUGCGGUAUGGGUGGCUCCGCCACUGAUCUUCAGGAUAUGCACCAAGAUAAAGCAAACAUGUUUUGAGAUGGUGUGGCAUGUCAUUGUAGCUAAGACUUAGCACGUCUCAUCCAUUCCAUUUUAGAGCUAGUUUCAAGCUCAUGACCCAUAGAAUCCCGAAUUUUCUCCCAUUUCUCAACAUGCAUGCCUUGGCUUUCCAAAAGGUUAGCAAUGCUAGUAAUAACCAAUGGCACACCUCGGCACUUCCUUAUCAUAUCUUCAGAGAUCUCUC